AUGGCUUCUUCGGCGCUAUCUAAUCUGAUGCUCGCCAUUCACGAGAAGAAGGCUAGCUCCGUCGAUCUCUACCGUCCUCUCCGCAACUACGUUACUUUCACCUACUCCGAGCGCGAGGCUCAGCUUCUGGAAGACGAUCUCGAGAACCUGAAGCAACUCCGCUCCGAUGUGGAACGCAUCCCCGAUCCGUCUCCCUCAGCCCGGCGAGACCUUCUCAUCUCCUAUUACAAAGCCCUCUGCCUUGUGGAGACGCGAUUUCCAAUCUCCCCAGAGAAGCACCACGUCAACGCCGUCUCUUUCCUAUGGUACGACGCCUUCAAGCCAAAGCACAAAGCUACUCAGCAGAACAUUCAUCUGGAGAAAGCAUCCGUGCUCUUCAAUCUCGGCGCUAAUUACAGCCAGAUUGGGCUCGGUCAUGAUCGCACAACCGUUGAUGGGCGUCGUCAGGCUUCGCAUGCGUUCAUCGCCGCAGCGGGAGCGUUCGCUUACUUGAAGGACAACGAGUCCACUAAGGCAUCGAUCGGGCAGAGCAGCACCACCGUCGACGUCUCGGCGGAGUGCGUGGGAAUGUUGGAGCGGCUUAUGCUGGCGCAGGCUCAGGAAUGCGUCUUUGAAAACACCAUUGCCAAAGGAAGCACUCCUGGUGUUUGUGCUAAGAUUUCUAGGCAGGUUGGUAUAUACUACGAGGAAGCUUUGGCUGCGCUAACCGCUGCGCCGUUGAAGGAUCAUUUUGAGAAAGGCUGGAUUUCUCAUGUGCAGCUGAAAGCAGCACUCUUCUAUAGUGAAGCUUGUUAUAGGUAUGGAAUAGAGCUGCACGAGAAAGAGGAAAUUGCAGAAGAGAUCGCACGGCUCAGGAGCGGGAGCAGCCGUUUGGCAGAAGCAAAGAAGUCUUCAAGGGGGUCUCCUCCUCAGCUUUUGGAAGCGUUGAACAAACUAGAGGCGAGCAUUAAUUGCAAUCUGGAUAGGGCUGUCAAGGAAAACGACAGAGUGUACCUCAUGAGAGUUCCUCCUCCUGCUUCUCUGUCUCCACUUCCCACUUUCUCAAUGGUUAAGCCAAUGAAUAUGACUGAGAUAUUGGAUGCGAGCAAGGAGAAGAUGUUUGCAAUUCUUGUUCCAGACAGCAGCGCAAAGGCUCUCUCUAGGUACACUGAGAUGGUCGAUGAUGUGAUUAGGACUCAGGCUGAGAGAUUACAGCAAGCAAGCGAACUAACUCGAGUUAGGCUCAAAGAGAUGGAUCUUCCAGAGUCUAUUAUUGCUGUGGAUGGUAAUUCAACUCUUCCUGCUGAUUUGAAAGAAGAUGUAGAAGCUGUUCAGAUCAGUGGGGGUCCAGCUGGCUUGGAAGCUGAAAUUCAGCAACUUACAGAUUUGAAGAGGGUUAAUCAUGAACUGUUGGUGUACACCGAAGAGAUUUUGCAGAAGGAAGCAACUGAAGACGCUCAGUUCAGAAGCCAAUUCGGGACUCGGUGGACUAGGCCUCAGUCUAGCACACUGACAAAGAACUUGCAGGAUAGGUUACAUCGGUUUGCAGCCAAUUUGAAACAAGCUGGAGAAAGUGAUGUGAAGAUUGAGCGAUCCGUGAGAGAUAAUUAUGCCCUCAUGUCAAUUCUUGAUCAACGGCCGAUAGAGUCUGCCGUCCCAACUCUAGCUAGGCCAAUAAUGUCUCUGGAUGCAACAGAGGAUGCUAUCGUGGGAACUCUGAAGCAGAGUCUGAGGCAGCUGGAAAAUCUCGGUGCUCAGCGGGCAAGUCUUGAAGACAUGCUCAAAGAUAUGAAAAGAAAAGAUGACAUACUGCCAAAGCUGAUGACAAUCACAGGUUCGUAUGAAGAUAUGUUCAGGAGAGAGAUAUCAAAGUAUGAUCACAUCUGUGAAGACAUUUCCCAAAACAUUGAAGUUCAAGAGCAAUUGUUGAUGCAAAUUCAGGCUCAAAACGAAGAGUUCUCAAGACUUUUCAAUCUUGAAGAUUAUAAAGCAUCCAGGGAGAAGUGCUACAAGCAGAUUCAAGCUGCCAUAAUCAAAUACCGAGAGAUCAAGGAGAACAUCAAUGAGGGCUUGAAGUUCUAUGUCACUCUGCAAGAUGCAAUCACGAACGUGAAGCAGCAGUGCAGUGAUUUUGUGAUGACAAGGAGUAUCCAGUGCAGAGAAAUGAUUGAAGAUGUGCAACGGCAAAUGUCCGGUCUGAGUUUUCAGGAUCAUAGAAGCUCCGGUCCAUACCCAUCUGUGCAUCAGCAAAGGGCUUCAAGUUCGCCUCCUCCUCCUCCAGAGACACAGAACCAAUCUCACCCUCACCAACAAGCACCAUACUACAGACCGCCUGAGCAACAUUCAAGGCCUGGCUACACUGUCCCACCCUACGGUCCACCUCCCCCAUACCACACACCUCAUGGCCAGGCGCCACAACCAUACCCUCCUCAGUCCCCGCAACAGCCUCAUCCGUCAUGGCAACAAGGCUCCUACUAUGAUCCUCAGGGCCAGCAGCCUCGGCCUCCAUACACCGCCCAGAACCCGUACCCUCCACCUCACCAAGGCGGCGGAUACUACAGGCAGUGA